ACAAUGACAGUGAAAGCAAAGAAAGCUUACUGUCUCAGUACGAAUCAGAGCAGACCCAAUUCUGCACAGCCGGUUGCAUCUCAGCAUCCAGCCAUGAGGUGCUACAUGGUUGCCCUGAGCAUCGCCCUCCUUAUGUUGCUGGCCAUUUCGACAACAUCGGCGGGCCCUUGUCCUUUGCCUGCUUGCCAGCAACCAGGACAACCUGUCUGUUCAAACCCGGCCACCUCGUGCAACUGCAGAUGUAAUAAUUCGGGGACUCAGCCACGACCACCGGUUCCUAGUAAUGGACACCCACCUCCACCACCAAGACCAUGCGGAGGGGGUGCAGGUCACAAACCAAAUCAAGCUGCAGGAAUAGUCGGUACUGUUACGUACACAGGUAAGUAGUUUCACAAAACCUCGCAA